CUCCGGCACUCAAUUGUGUUUGAGGUGCUUUUGUGGAAGGUUGAUUUUUAUUUAUUUCGUGUAAAAAGUCAAUGUGAUAAAAAAAAGUUAUUAAGUGGACAAAAAUAAAUUUUAAAGUGGUUUUUAUUAAUUUCCUGAUGAAAGUUUGACAGAAUGGCUAGCAAAAAUGAUGGAAACUUGGAAAUGGAUAAUGAGCUGUCAUUUGAUCCUACACCAAUUUUUAAGCGAAGAAGAUACUUUGUAGUUUUUAUGGCUUUUCUAGGAUUAUUUAAUGUCUAUGCACUUCGAUCAAACUUGAAUGUUGCAAUAGUGUCAAUGACCGAAAACCGGAACUCAACGGACGAGUUUGGAAAUAGUAUCGACAUUGGACCAAUAUUUGACUGGAAUUCUAAGGAAAAAGGCUAUAUUUUGUCAGCAUUUUACUAUGGAUACCUUUGUACACAGAUCAUUGGAGGUGUCAUUGCUGCUAAAAUUGGCGGGAACAUUCUUUUUGGAAUAGGAAUUGGAGUGACAGCUGUAUUUACAUUAUUGACACCCUUAGCUAGUAAUUUGAGUAUCUAUGCAUUAAUUACAGUUCGUGUUCUUAUGGGAAUAUUUGAGGGUGUGACAUACUCAGCACUUUAUGAGAUGUGGUCUAAAUGGGCUCCUCCAUUUGAAAGAUCCCGUAUGGUCGUUGCUGCAUUCACAGGAAAUUAUGUUGGACUAGUCAUUUCAUUACCAGUGAGUGGAAUAUUAGCCAAAAAUGUUGGAUGGGAAUGGGUAUUUUAUGUUUUUGGCAUAAUUGGAUGCGUUUGGACAGUCUUUUGGCUAUUAUUGAUCAAAAGAAGUCCUGGAAGGGAUCCAUUCAUCAGCAUUGAAGAGAGAAGAUACAUUGAACAAUCGUUGAAUCGACAAUCGAAGGAUAAAGCAGUCAAAAUUCCAUGGAAAGCUAUUUGGACAUCAAGCGCUGUUUGGGCUAUAAUUGCUGCACAAUUCUCUGAAGGCUGGGGAUUCUUCACACUUCAGACACAGCUGCCUCAAUUUUUAAAAGAUGCACUUAAUUAUGAUAUAGCAAAAUCAGGAACCAUCUCUGCACUACCAUACCUUUGCAUGGCUGUGAUGCUUCAGGUUGCAGGCUACUUAUCAGAUUGGGUCAGAAUCAAGGGAUAUUGGACAACAGGACAAACCAGAAGAUAUUUUAACAGCAUGGCAUUCUUGAUACAAAUGGCGUCAAUGCUGUGUGCUGCCUUUUUCCUUAACGAAGUGGCUUCAGUCACUUUCAUUACAAUUGGUGUGGCAAUGGCUGCAUUUGCUUACUCAAGCUUCUCUGUUAAUUAUCUUGACAUUGCGCCUCAAUUUGCUGGAUUACUGAUGGGAAUUUGUAAUAGUUUUGCAACUGUUGCUGGAAUAGUUAGUCCUAUUUUGACAGGAUAUAUUGUUACUGAUGCUAGUCCUGAGCAAUGGAAAAUUAUUUUCUAUAUAGCAGGUGGAAUCUACUUAUUUGGAUGCAUAAUCUACUUUAUAUGGGCUGAAGGAGAAGUUCAGCCAUGGGCAGUUCAGGAAGACAUUAAUGCAACGAAUGAAUCAACUGAAAUGAACGCUAAACAAGGAUCGAUAAAUCCAGCAUUUGCUAUUAAAGAAUGACAAAUAUGAAAAUAAGUUCGCAGUUCUAAGUGCCUUUCCUUCCUCAAACACCAUUCAUUUUCGAUAUUUUUAACAUUUUAAGAUUUUUAUUGUAAAAAUUUUCAUACAAGAAACUAGAAAUACAUUAAUUUUUGUAUCAAAAA